AUGUCGUCCUCAAGCCGUGUUUUCAUUGCCAUUAUUGGCGCUGGUGGCGUGGGUAAAUGCUUCCUGUCACAGCUUGCCGACCUCGCGGCACGGCGACCGUCGCCACGCCUCAGCCUGGUGUACAUCACGACGACCAAGAAGGCUGUUUACCACAAGGACUACUCCGAGGUCGGCAUGACGGACGCACUGGACAGCCUGGCCGCAUCGACCCAGACGCCGCUGUCGAUUGCGGAGACGAUUGAAUUUCUGGCAGCAGCACCGGCCAAGGUGGUGCUGGUGGACAACACGAGCUCGCAGGCGGUGGCAGAUGCGUACCCGGCGAUCCUGGGCCGUGGCAUCAGCAUCGUGACGCCCAACAAGAAGGCCUUUGCCGGCUCCUUCCAGGCGUGGCAGGACAUCUUUGGGGCGGCUGCGAAGUCGGGUGCCAAGGUGUACCAUGAGGCGUCGUGUGGCGCCGGGCUGCCGCUGAUCUCGACGGUCAAGGAUCUGGUCGAAACCGGCGACCAGAUCACGCGUAUCGAGGGCAUCUUCAGCGGCACGCUGUCGUUCCUGUUCAACUCGUUUGCGCCGGCCACGCCGGCCACAACGACCGGUCCGUCGCCUUCCUGGUCGGCCGAGGUGGCCAAGGCCAAGGAACUCGGCUACACCGAGCCGGACCCGCGCGACGACCUCAACGGCAUGGACGUGGCGCGCAAGCUGACGAUCCUGGCGCGGCUGGCCGGCCUGUCGGUGGCUUCGCCGACAGCGUUCCCGGUUGAGAGCCUGAUCCCGGCCGAGCUGGCGUCGGCGGCCAAUGGUGACGAGUUUCUCGCCCGGCUGCCCGAGUUCGACGCGCAGAUGGAGGCUGUCAAGGCAGCCGCCGAGAAGGAGGGCAAGGUGGUGCGCUAUGUCGGCAGCGCCGACGUGGCGACCGGCCAGCUCAAGGUCGGGCUCCAGUCCUUUGACCGCGCCCACCCCUUUGCCGCGCUCAAGGGCAGCGACAACAUCUUCAGCUUCCACACGAAGCGGUACGGCAGCAACCCGCUCAUCAUCCAAGGUGCCGGUGCCGGUGGCGACGUCACUGCCAUGGGCGUCACGGCCGACCUCAUCAAAGUGCUGUCUCAGAUUGCGUAG